AAUGCGGUUGGUCAGGUGAAGGAUUAUCGAACAGAAUAGUUGGAGGUUCUAUCACGGUUCCACACAUAUUUCCGUGGAUCGCGGCAAUUUUUUAUAAAGGCGCUCUUCAUUGUGGUGGUACUCUGAUUAAUGAUCGAUAUGUUCUGACAGCUGGUCAUUGUAUUAAAUGGAUCGACCACCAAGGUUUGGACGUCGGUUUGGGAAUGCACGAUCUAAAAUCGGCUUCCGAGGGCUACGUAAUACCGAUCGAGCGUGUAAUUCUCCAUGAAGACUUCGAAAGCGAUUACUUGCACGACACUAACGACAUCGCGCUACUAGAACUUACUCGUCCUGUACGUUUCAGCGAUACAAUCCAGCCGAUAUGUCUUCCGAUGGGAGGAUCCGAUUACUCUGGGCACUUGGUAAAAGUUGCCGGUUGGGGGCGCGUUACAGUAAAUGGCGGAGCUUCAAGAUACUUGAGACAAGCGACUCUCAAAGUUAUGCCCUUUGACAUUUGUACCAACACUUCUUUUGGCGAUCACCUGACAACAUCUAUGCUUUGCGCUUACAAUGACAAUACCGAUGCUUGUCAGGGUGAUAGUGGCGGUCCGUUGCUUUAUGAGAGAGCCAAUGGAAGAUAUGAACUUAUUGGAAUCGUAUCCUGGGGAAUAGGAUGCGCGCAACCAGGUGUACCCGGUGUGUAUGUUAAAAUAACAGACUACUUGAUAUGGCUGCAAAGUCAUACGAAAGGUGCAGUUUACUGUUUAAAUAGAUAAAAACUAAG